GCUGCUUCUCCGGGGCUUGUCCUCGUCUGCACUUCCCCCGCUCCUCUUAUUAUUCCUCCAAUCCCCUCCAUGGCACCUUCCCCGCCCGCUGCGUGCCCCCACAACGAUGCUGACCAUGGUGUCCCCGCCCGACAGGUCCUGCUACGCUCAUCCGCGAAGCCGCCUUGCCGAGGACGUCGCGCGUUACCGUGCCUUCCGCCUCUCCGUCACGACGCCCAUUACCGUGAGCACCCCGCCGUUCCCCCGCCGUGCCUCCUCCGCCGUGCCUGCGUUAUCCACUGUCCGUGUGCUGACAUGUUCCUCUCGUCCUCAGCCGUCCGCACCCGGCGCCCUCUCCCCUAUGGCGUCCACCACGACGCACUCUCCCGCCGCGCUCCACGUCCGUAAGGAGCGCGAGAGGCCCCCGGUGCCCCUCCUCCUCUCGUCCUUCCCCGCGCCGCCGUCACACAUACCGCCCUCUCCCCUGAUAUCACCCUCGCCAGGAGCGUCCGUGUAUGCCACGCCCAUCCCGCCGUCGCCUGGAACGUCCGUGUAUGCCACGCCCAUCCCGCCGUCGCCUGGAACGUCCGUGUACGCAACGCCGGCAUCGGGCUCUUCAGGCAGCCCGUUCUCCAGUGCCUUUAGCGCCGCUCUCGGCCGCCCGCCGUCCUCUCUCUCUUCGCACAUGAGCCCGCCUACGCCGUCGCAUCCCGGACCGUCCAGCUUCCGCUCGCGCAGUCCCCGCCCCUCCGUCGAGUCGUCGUACGCGCUGCCGCGGGUGUCUAGCUCGUCGUCGAUUUCGCGGAAUCCGCCGCCCACGCUUCCGCCCUCGUCGCCGCUGCCCGCGCUUCCGGAUACGCCGUCGCCCAUCUCGGACGAGACGCUGAUCAUGUUCCGAUCGUCCCUGAGCAGCGCGGGGCACAGCCGCCGUGCGUCGGGCAGCUCGUUUGCCAGUUACAGGAGCGCCGGGAGCGGAUCGCGCGCCGCUCCGCACCCCAGGGGGUUUGCCGCAGCUCUUCGCUCGAGGCGCAUGUCCGGCGCGAGCCUCGGCAGCAGCGCUUCCGAGAGCGAGUCCAGCCGGAGCACAGGCCGGCCGUCCCCGUCGCCGAGCGUGGCCACGAGCACCUUCACGUCCUUGCCGUCCAAGCGCGACAGCAUGCAUUCCAUGUUGAGCGUCAAGAGCGCCGCCUCGCUCGCCGUUCCGUCCUGGACUCCGGGCACAAAGGGCGUCGAUGUCCGGUCCUCCAUCCUCGAAGAGGAGGAUGACGACGACGAUCUCGCCUCGAUCAUGGCGCGCUACGAUGGCCGCCAGGAUUCGGACGACGACGGGCACGACACCGCGUCUAGGCGUCAGCGGGACAGCAUCGCAAGCAUCGACAUGGCCGACCUCCCUCCGCUCACCAUGGACGACCUGACGGUCAACCCUCCCCCGCACUCGGCCUCGCUCUCGGCUACCAGCUCGCGUUCUCCGUACUCGACCUCGACCUUCUCUCUCGCAAGCGGCGGCCCGCUCACCCAGGCGUUCCUCGCCUCGGUCACCUCGCUCGGCCACACCUCGGAAGGCGGCUACGGGAGCGAAGCCGCCUACGAUGCGACUUCGCCCAUCGACCCAUCCACCACUCACCUCGCGCAAUCCCCGCUCAGCGCAACGUCUCCCGUCACGCCCCUCACGGCCGGCAGCGAAGGCUCCAAGGGCGAUCCCAUCGAUCCGUACGCGGUCCACCUCGAGAUACGCGCCGUCCGGUCCAAGUCGCGGAUGCACAAGCAUGAGCUGAUGGAACGCUCUCAAUCGCGCGGCGUCAGCCCGGCUCCCCCCACACCCUCCUCGUCGUCCGCGCCACCUCCUGUCUCGGCCAGCGCCGACGGAGUGGCGGUGCCCGGCGGCAGCGCUGACACGCCUGGGAGAGCUUCUCCCGACAUCCGGACCAUCCUCCAGCGCACGCCGAGGCCGACCCGGUCGCUCACCCCCAAGUCCUCCCUUUCGUCGUCGUCGUCGCGUUCCAAGUCCAACGCCACCCGGAAGGAUCCUUCGAGGAGGUCGGCGACCGAGUCGAGCGAUCUGCGCCGUACUGCGCGUGGAGAGCGGGACCGGUCCAGGGCCGACCGGCCGGGGACAAGCGACACCGUCCGGCCGGGGACAGGUGACACCAUCAAGUCCGCAACAGCCUCGGCCAAGUUUAGGUCGGACUCGGGUUCUAACGACGACGCCAGCGGCGAGGCGCGGUCCAGCGCCAACAUGCCUUCGUCUACCGCAUCCAGCUCGACGGCGUCGAGCACCGAGUUUAGCAAGGUCGUCAGGUCGAGGGAGUCGUACGGAGAGGACGAGGAGUCGCUGGUCGACCGGCGGUCGACGGACUGGAUGGACGAGCGGUCGCGGAUGCGGAGGUCGGACAGCGGCGGCACAUUUGGGCCCCCGGCACCUGAAGAGGAGGGCGAGGGCAGGAAAAGGAGCGACAGUGGGAGCGUCGGGGUGGGCAUGGCGUUGAUGAGGAACGUCAAGUCGGACGAGAGUUUGAGGAGCGAGGAUAGCCACGUCUCGGAUUAUGGGGUGCAGAUCGAGUCCGCGCUCGGGCACGGGUCGGACGCGGGCAUGGACCAGCCGGAGGACGAGACGCGGCUCGAACGCGAGAUGGAAGGUGGCGCGAGUGACAGCGACUCGAGUUUGGAUUUACACACUCCCUUACCGCACCUCAUGUUCCGCGACGGUCUGCUCUCCCCUCGCUCCAAACUGUUCAGCCAAACGAUGGCCAUGCGUUCCGCAUCACCCGAUGCUGUCUCUGUGCAGAGUCUCGCACGACCGGGCAGUAUGGCUAGCAUGAAGAGCACGUCUUCAAAUAUCACAAAAUCGGGAAUCUUCAAAGACGAACGUGACACGGUGCGGCGCCGUACAAGGCAUCGUGACGGCAAAUUAUUGCGAGGCGGAAUAGGCUUGACGACGGGGCUCGGGUGGUCGGAUAGCGAAGACGAGGAUGCACCCUCGCCGCUGACCCGACGACUCUCGACCUUGACGGGCACCCGGCGCUCGUCCGAAUCUUUGGUCUUAUCCCGCUCGACGUCUCGCAUCUCGAGCAAUUCCCCACAUCCACUCUCCCGUUCCUUCAGCGCUGGCACCAGUCGCCAGGGCCUCUCGUCCACGGCGUCCAUCAUGUCUGUCAUGUCGACGCCUGCACCUGCGACGCGAACGCCUCCGACCUCUUGGCAUCAGAAAGGCAGCAAUGCAGGACACGGACAAAAGACGAGCUCUGGCAGCGCCAUGUCCGGCUUCUCGCCUUCCAUCGGCAUCCCGGAAGAUCCUGAGGACGCGCCUUCGGACAAGGUCGUCCACUCGCAGUCCAUGUCGACGCCUCGCCCUGCACGGUCUGCACCAGGCCUGAGGAGGAAAUCAGAAUCUCGCAGCAGGGCGGGCUCCAACACUUCUGCCUCUAGCGCGAGCGUGAACAUGCCAGUCACGCCCGCCGACGGACACGAGACGCCGGUAGCUUCCAGAUUUGACAAAGAGCUCCCGGCUCUUCCCCAGCGCACCGCGUCCACCGCUAGCGCUCGAUCCAUCUCGUCUGUGCUUCCUCGAGUAUCGCACGAGACGCACCUUCCUCGCCCGCGGACACUGUCGAACAACACCUCGACAUCCGUCUCAUCUCGGGCAGCGGCGAGAGUUGCCGCCGCCGCCACGACCGCUGGGCCUGCCUCGAUGGCCAUGUCGAAAUCAACGUCGUCCGUACCGAGCCCGAAGAUCGGGUUCUACAACCGGACGCCGUCUGCGCCGCCGCGACCAUUGCAACUCGGACAGCGUCAACCCGGAGAGCCCCCCACGAAGGGUGUCUUGGGCUACAACCGCAACGUCCACGAUCAGCAACGUCGCGCGGUCUCGUCUACUAACACCUCGCCGACGAGUCCGAUGAGCGUCGACGGCAAACCCAAACCGAGGAUCGGCGCGGGCAUGGUGUACCGGACUGCGUCGAACCCCAAUGUCGCUGGUACCAAAACUGGCUUGCGAAUGCCGAGUGCGAAGACUUCGGCGACGUAGGCAUCAUCGGAAUACGCGUCUUUGUAUCACCAAAGCCCCUCGCUCCUUGCUUCUCGUGCGCUACCCCCUUCCUUGAAUUCUGACCCCCCCGUUUGGGAUCGUCCGCUCCUUGUUUAUACGAUUUCCUUCGAGCAUUACAAUUGCUGACCAGAACAUUCAUUUGUACGUAGUAUAUCUAUUCUCCACCGGAUUCAUCUGCCACGCGUUGUAUUUCGCAUUUUACUGUCGGAUCUGCUUCUCUUCUCCUUUCGC